AUGGUGAAGCUGAACAGUAACCCCAGUGACAAGGGAACCAAGCCACCUUCGGUUGAGGAUGGCUUCCAGACCGUCCCUCUCAUCACUCCCUUGGAGGUUAAUCACUUACAGCUGCCUGCUCCAGAAAAGGUGAUUGUGAAGACAAGAACGGAGUAUCAGCCAGAACAGAAGAGCAAAGGGAAGUUCCGGGUGCCGAAAAUCGCUGAAUUUACGGUCACCAUCCUUGUCAGCUUGGCCCUUGCUUUCCUUGCCUGCAUUGUGUUCUUGGUGGUUUACAAAGCCUUCACCUAUGACCACAGCUGCCCAGAGGGAUUUGUCUAUAAGCACAAGCGCUGUAUCCCGGCCUCCCUGGACGCUUACUACUCGUCCCAGGACCCUAGCUCCAGAAGCCGCUUCUACACAGUCAUCAGCCACUACAGCAUGGCCAAGCAGAGCACUGCCCGGGCCAUUGGGCCAUGGCUGUCAGCAGCUGCUGUCAUCCAUGAGCCCAAGCCACCUAAGACCCAGGGCCAUUAG